GCAAUUUUGUUUUCAGUAUUUCGUGUAUAUCAUAAAGGAUAAGAUUAGUACUGAGCAAUAGAGAAUAUUGAAGCAAAAAAAAUGUGGAAUUACCAAAAUGGUUAUCGUGAGAAAAUCACCGAUUACAUGGAAAAACUUAUAAAGCAAGAUGGGUAUCCUCUGGAAAAAUAUUCAGUGACUACAAAAGACAGGUAUAUUAAUAUAAUGUAUAGAAUUCCUUACGGAAAAUGUGGAAACACUAAUGGACAGCGUAGACCUGCGGUUCUGUUGAACCAUGGAAUGAUCUGCAGCUCAGCAAUUUUCAUUGACCAGAACCCUCUAGGAUAUUAUUUGGCUGAUAACGGAUACGAUGUUUGGUUACUGAAUAACAGAGGAACAACUUUUUCUACCAAACAUGAAGACUACGAUGCAGAAAAAGAGAAGGAUAAAUAUUGGGAUUUCGGUUUUCACGAAAUAGCCAUCUUCGACCUACCAGCAUUCAUAGAUUUCGUUUUGGACCAUACGAGAAGAAGAACUAUCUGCCACAUUGGAUUUUCACAAGGUGCCACAACAUUCGCCAUAAUGGCUUCUGAGCUACCAGAAUAUAAUGAAAAAAUUAAUCUGAGUAUUCUGUUAGCUUGUCCAAUUUUGUUCGAUAAUGUCUCAUUUUUUCAUGUGAAAGUCUCCUGUAUUCUUGGAAUUAUAAUCAUACAGAUAUUGGAAAAAAUAUUCCGACUGAAACUACAUGAGAUACCUUUGAUGGCGGAAAUGAGAUUUCUCAUGUUUUAUGCGGCGAAGAACAAUAUUUAUCGUAAAAUUUCAGAAUUGAUUAUGUCCUUAAUUGUUGGAUAUCGUGAUAGAAUACAACUUUCAGAGUUAGAUCAUCAGAGACUGGGAAUCACAACACCAAAUUCUUCAUCCACUCGGCAGUUCCUUCAUUAUUCACAGAUGAUAAGAUAUUCAAAAUUCGCUAAGUAUGAUUAUGGAUCAACGAAAAAUAAAGAAUUGUAUGGCAAUAAAAACCCGCCAUUAUAUGAUCUAUCCAAAGUAACAUCACCAGUUGGUAUAUUUUAUGGAAAGAAUGAUAUGUACAAUGACUGUUACCAGGAUGGUUUGGAGAAACGCUUGGGAAAUACUGUACAUGUGCAAAUAUUGGAUCAUGAAUUCUAUAAUCAUUUAGAUUUUCUCUAUGCCAAAGACAACAUAAAGAUUUUAUUUGAGGACAUGUUGAAACUAAUGAAAAAAUAUUGCCACUUAUAAACUGAAAAACAUUAUAACUAGUCAGUUCUCUGUGGAGGUCCACCAUCUAUACGUGAAAGAUGUUUCUGUUAACCUCUCAUCAAUUAUUGAUAACCUGUAUGGCGCCACUGUGUAUUAUUUUUUCUUAUGUAAUUCGUGUAAUGUGCGUUAUGCCUUUUUUUUAUGGAAAUAUAAAAUAUUCAUCACAUUUUAUAGAAAUUAUUGAAUUGUUCAAUCAAAAUCAGAGAUCGUUUGUGAAUACUUUGAGAAAUUUGAGAAUUCCUGCCAGAAAUUAUUCAGUUAAUCGACUCGUUGAAUCGUAGAUAAAUUUGAAAUACUGGUACUCUUCUAUCGUGUAAAAAAAAUUCACUUUCAAAUUUAUCUACAAAACGACAAAUAGUAACAGGAUCAACUGAUUAAUGUCGUCCAUGUAUUUCUCUCAGUGAUCACAAAUGAGCAGUUCAACAAUUUCUAAACGUUGUUGAAUUGUGUAUGUUUCCGUGAUUACAUACCUAAUGAACACAAAUUACGAAAUCUUGAGAAAUAAUAUAUAGAGUUGCCUCUAUAACUAUUUUGAAUUGAAUGAUUUCUAUUGGAAAACCCUGAAUAAAAUGAGCAAAAUUGAAUUUAAAAAUAUAACGCACCUUUCCUGGUCUCACUAUAGUACGAAGUAAAAUCUACAACAAAUUAGUCAUAGUUUUUCAAUCAUCAUAAUAUCUACCUAGUCAUGUUCCAAAGUAAAAAACCUAUGAUUGAAAUCAAUGUGAAAUAUGUGAAUGGAAUUGUGAUAAAUAUGAAUAAAAGAUGAAAACCUAG